AUCGGUUAACCGGGAAAGUGAUGCACAAACGACAGGUGUGAAAAAAGGCUAAAUAAUCGCUAUCCGUUCGUCAAAGAAGAACAGAGAAAGCUUCGAAUUCUGCACUCGGAAGAUUGAGAUUGAAGAAGGUGUUUAGCAGAGCAGAGUGAGGAAGAUAGUGAAUCGCGGCCAUGGCGGAUUCUUCAAAGGACGAGUCAUCUGACGCUGAGUUCGAAACUAAUCCUUCAGACAGCCCUAAUUCCUCCGACGCCAUAGUUCCCUCCUCUUUUGGUGGUCCUGCUCUUUGUCUUUUCCGGUUUGCCGGCGACUCCGCUGCCGGAGCCUUCAUGGGCUCCAUUUUCGGCUACGGUUCGGGAUUGAUUAAGAAGAAGGGCUUCAAAGGAUCAUUUGCAGAGGCUGGAUCUUGUGCCAAGACAUUUGCAGUUUUGUCUGGGGUGCACAGUUUGGUUGUUUGCAUGUUAAAGAGAUUGAGAGGAAAGGAUGAUGUUAUUAAUGCUGGGGUAGCCGGAUGCUGCACUGGUUUAGCUCUAAGUUUUCCAGGCGCUCCACAGGCUCUUCUUCAGAGUUGCAUCACUUUUGGAGCGUUUUCGUUUAUACUCGAGGGCCUUAACAAGCAGCAGCCAGCAUUAGCUCAUCCCGCUUUCUCGAGAAAGAGAAGUAAUAUGGAGAGAAAUCGUCCUCCCUUAGUUUUGCCGCUUCAAUUUGCGCUUCCAGUUGAACUUAAAGGUGCAUUUUCUGCAUUCUGCAAGUCCUUGGAGAAGAGCAGGAGGAGCAGCUGGUAAGACCUCAUCCAGCUUUCUUUUAACAUCUUUUGCACAAGACAGUCGUAUUAAUGCAAAUUUGUAGCUAAUGUUUGAAAGAGUUCGUUGCAAUUUGAAUGUAAUUGUGCACUUUUGGAUGGCUUAUUUGAAGCAAUGUUUUGCUAUCUUCUUGUUCGUCAAUGCGGUCUAGUUUCUGGCU